AUGCCGGAGAUACUUUUGUAUUACCUGGCGCAGCCGCGCAGCCUCUAUAUCCAAGCGACUACAACCGUCUCUGAGGCACUGUACAACGCUUUUGACAAAGAAGAGUUUUUCAAUGACAAUCUAAAGUGCUUUAGUAUUAUUGCCGCCUACGGGGAUGACCGUGAAAGCUGCCACUUUAUCCUUCUCCAGCCACAUGACUACUUGAUCAGACAUUAUGGAAAGGCGAGCACCUUCAUUGUUGCCUUGACCGUCCCGCCCCGCAUGACGGAGUAUCAGAGCUAUCUGAAGGAAACAGAAGACUUUCUUCACGCGCUGUACUCUAACGUGAGAUUGUCUCUAAAGCUGGGCCUCCUCUCUUUGGGGUCUGGCGUUGUGUCUCGGCUCAUUGCGCAGAGCAUCCUGAUCGACUACGGUCUGGAUAAGUCUGCACCGUUUCGCCAGGACGUUUCUCGCAUCAUGGACGUACUCUACGAUUACUUGCCAGAAACCUACUUCCACAAUCUACUCGGUGUCGGCCCGAAGACCCGAGCCCGAAGGAUCAAACGAUGCGAGCAGGAGUUCCUGAUCGACGUCUUUCGCUAUUUGCAGCUGCAGCACCUUACGCGCUCGAGUACCAAGAUCUACAUAAUUAACUACCUAGUUAUGGUGAAGAAGGGCACAGUACAUCGUGAUUCCAUACACUUCUAUGGCACGUGUUCAAGGAGGACUGGAAGACAGACAGGAGUCCCUUGCAAGAUAAGCGUUUCGUAUGAAACUAAGGAGCUAUCCAUUGUUCUACUGAAGCCAACUGGGCUCUCAAUAUAUAGGCGUAGGCUGAAUGGAUCUAAUGUACGCGAGGCUGUACACAUCAGGCGAUUCAUACACAACUAUGGAGCAGAGAACGCCCUAAAGGCCCUCCGAAGAGACACCCACACAGCAAUGUCAAACGCCAUGGACAAACCAGUAUUGGAUUCAUGCAAUCCACUACUGCAGAUGUUCUACUUGAACCCGUAUAUCUUCUAUCGCAAUGGGAGGGUGUACUCUCUCGACGCCUCUAGCCGUAAGGGUGUAGAGAUAGUAGACGCUAAUCUACUGAUGCUGUCCAUAGCCGUAGGAGACACCUUGCGUAACGUAUUUGUCUGGACACCUGGGGCCUCUGUGAUAGCAGGGCUACUGGCGUUGUCUUGCUCGGCUACAGAGCACCGGGACGUGUCAUUCAGUUCCCCAGGUAUUGCUCCAGGACAGUCCGUCUCAGAGGAUUCUCCCGUAGUAUCUGUGAUCACCGCUCCGUCGUCUCUUCUACGUGCACAGCGGACCGUGGACCUGCGACCAGAGCCACAGCGGACAACACACUGA